GCUGCAGGGGCCAGAGCUGCGGGAGGGGAGGAGGGAAAGGAGCGGUGGCUGCGCCUUGGGAAGGGGGAGGCCUUUGCCGCGAGGGUGGAGGCGAUGCGCACUCGGAGAGAGGGAUGAGGAAGAGGGCGGAGAAGAGUUUCCCCGGGGUUCACGGGUCCACCGACCAUUCUGUCUCGAAGGCUCACCAGAGCUGCCGGGAUUUGGCAUUGGAAACAAUGGAGACUCGGGGCUGGAGACAAUGGCGCAAGUGUUGGGGGACGGGAGAGACUAGGAGAGCGUCUUCGGCCUAGCGCCGCAGGGCCUGGCCCAAGGCCCCAGAGACAUCGCCCCAGGGAACCGCAGGUGUUGAUUUAGAGCUGAGAUCAGGCGAGUCUUCUGCCCACAACCUGCGGCGCCUGGGGCCCGGCCGGGAGAUCCGGCGCCGGGUUUUUUUAUCCGCCCGCAUCUUGAGGCCGCGCCUAGAGCCGCCAGCUCGCGGACGCGACCCUGAGCGCUGUGGGGUCCGUGGGCGUCCCCGCCCUCACUUCGGUCUCCUAGCCAGCGAGAGACAACUCUGGGACAACUCUGCAAUCGGCGGGCAGCCCUGCGGAAAAGACCCACUUCACUCGCUCCUUUGGCCUCCAAGCGAUUUGCCUGGGGCCAGUCUCCCUGGAAACCGACGUUUCGCGGUCCGAAGAGUGACUUUUCCUCCUCAGGAUCCUGCUCUGCCUUCAGAUCUCGACUUCAGUGGCACGUCCUCAGCGAGGCCUCACAUCACCAAGCCAACUGGAUGAACGACCCACUCCCUCUCCAUCACAUCAUCCUGACUGAAUGCGCAGUGGGGCACUGAUUUUACUCUCGCGUGUCUUCUGCGUUUGUUUAUUGUCUGUCUUUGGAAUGUCCGCUCCACAAGGGCGGGGCGUUGCUUUUCUGGCGCAGAGCCGGCCUAGCGGCGCCCGGGAACUGAAGGGCCUCCACGUUGGCUGAAGAAGUGAGCUAGCUUCGCGGUUAGGGAACGCUGCGGCCGCUGGCACUUCUGGAAGGGGCGGGGCUCGCGCUGGCCCCGCCCCUGCUGCUCUUUCCCCGCCUCUCCCUGAAGUCCUCCGAGGGUUGAGCUGAAGCUUCGGGCUCCGGCCUCCCUGGCUCUUUCUGCAGCCGAAGCGAAAACCCGGAACGGCGGAGCGGCGCCGCCCCACGCGGCACCUCCCCGGCAACCCUCAAGGCCCCGCUGGGCAUGCUCAGUCAACAGGGCCGCUUCAGCUCUCGGAGUAGGAAGCUCGGGCGCUCCGGCUAUAAGAAGCCGCAGCGGGGGGGAAAAUGGAGCCCUUCAACAAUGAUCGACUUCAGCUCCCCAGGAAUAUGAUUGAAAAUAGCAUGUUUGAGGAAGAGCCAGAUGUGGUGGACUUAGCCAAAGAACCUUGUUUACAUCCUCUAGAGCCUGAUGAGGUGGAAUAUGAGCCCCGGGGUUCCCGACUGCUGGUGCGAGGUCUUGGUGAACAUGAGAUGGACGAGGAUGAAGAGGAUUAUGAGUCAUCUGCAAAACUACUGGGCAUGUCCUUCAUGAACAGAAGCUCAGGCCUUCGGAACAGUGCAGCUGGCUAUAGGCAGAGUCCAGAUGGGGCCUGUUCAGUACCCUCUGCAAGGACCUUGGUGGUCUGUGUUUUUGUCAUUGUGGUUGCUGUCUCUGUAAUCAUGGUGAUUUACCUACUGCCUAGAUGUACCUUUACCAAAGAAGGCUGCCAUAAAAAAAAUCAGUCAAUGGAACUAAUUCAGCCAAUUGCAACAAAUGGGAAGUUAUUUCCAUGGGCAAAAAUUAGGCUUCCCACUGCCAUUAUGCCACAGCGCUAUGAACUUCACCUACACCCAAACCUAACCUCAAUGACUCUCAGGGGUUCUGUGACAAUUUCAGUUCUGGCUCUUCAGACCACAUGGAAUAUCAUUCUUCAUAGCACAGGUCAUAAUAUUUCAAGAGUGACUUUUAUGUCAGCACUUUCAAGUCAAGAAAAAGAAGUGGAAAUCCUGGAAUAUCCAUAUCAUGAGCAAAUUGCCAUUGUUGCCCCUGAAGCCCUUCUAGCAGGACACAAUUAUACCAUGAAGAUAGAAUAUUCAGCGAAUAUAUCUAGUUCUUAUUAUGGGUUUUAUGGUGUCAACUAUACAGAUGAAAGCAAUGAGAAAAAGUACUUUGCAGCAACUCAGUUUGAACCCUUGGCAGCAAGAUCUGCUUUUCCUUGCUUUGAUGAACCAGCAUUUAAGGCCACAUUUAUCAUCAGGAUCAUAAGGGAUGAGCAAUACACUGCUUUAUCAAAUAUGCCUAAGAAGUCAUCAGUCCUUAUGGAAGAUGGACUUGUUCAGGAUGAGUUUUGUGAGAGUGUGAAGAUGAGUACUUACCUGGUUGCUUUCAUUGUGGGAGAGAUGAAGAACCUGAGUCAGGAUGUAAAUGGAACCCUGGUUUCGAUAUACACUGUGCCAGAAAAGAUUGGUCAAGUUCACCAUGCCUUGGAAACAACUGUGAAGCUUCUUGAGUUUUAUCAAAACUAUUUUGAAAUUCAAUAUCCACUUAAAAAAUUGGAUUUGGUGGCCAUUCCUGAUUUUGAAGCAGGAGCAAUGGAAAACUGGGGUUUGAUAACCUUCCGAGAAGAGACUCUCCUGUAUGACAAUAAUACUUCUUCGGUGACAGAUAGAAAACUGGUCACUAAAAUCAUUGCUCAUGAGCUGGCCCAUCAGUGGUUUGGUAAUCUGGUAACAAUGCAGUGGUGGAAUGACCUAUGGCUAAAUGAAGGUUUCGCCACUUUCAUGGAGUAUUUUUCUUUGGAAAAAGUAUUCAAAGAGCUCUCCAGUUAUGAAGAUUUCUUAGACGCUCGAUUUAAAACCAUGAAGAAAGAUUCGUUGAAUUCAUCUCAUCCAAUAUCAUCAUCUGUUCAGUCUUCAGAACAAAUUGAAGAGAUGUUUGAUUCUCUUUCCUAUUUUAAGGGAGCUUCCCUCUUGUUGAUGCUGAAAACUUAUCUUAGUGAAGAUGUAUUUCAACAUGCUAUCAUUCUUUACCUGCAUAAUCAUAGCUAUGCAUCUAUUCAAAGUGAUGAUCUCUGGGAUAGUUUUAAUGAGGUUACAAACAAAACACUAGAUGUGAAGAAAAUGAUGAAAACAUGGACCCUGCAGAAAGGGUUUCCUUUAGUGACUGUUAAAAGGAAAGGAACAAAACUUUUCAUACAGCAAGAGAGAUUCUUUUUAAAUACGAAGCCUGAAAUUCAGCCUUUAGAUACAAGUUACCUGUGGCAUAUUCCAAUAUCCUAUGUCACUGAUGGAAGAAAUUAUUCAAAAUAUCGAUCAGUAUCACUACUGGACAAGAAAACAGAUAUCAUCAAUCUUACAGAACAAGUACAGUGGGUCAAAGUCAAUACAAACAUGACUGGCUAUUAUAUUGUACAUUAUGCAGACGAUGACUGGGCAGCACUAAUCAAACAGUUGAAAAUAAAUCCUUAUGUUCUGAGUGACAAAGACCGAGCCAACCUCAUCAACAGCAUCUUUGAACUUGCAGGCCUAGGCAAGGUGCCUCUUCAGAGGGCCUUUGAUUUGAUUGAUUAUCUUAGAAAUGAGAGCUAUACUGCACCCAUCACUGAAGCCCUGUUCCAGACUGACCUUAUCUAUAACCUUCUUGAGAAACUGGGGCAAAUUGAUCUGGCCUCAAGACUGGUGACCAGAGUAUUUAAAUUGCUUCAACACCAAAUUCAACAACAAACUUGGACUGAUGAGGGCCCCCCAUCUAUGCGAGAGCUUCGAUCAGUCUUGCUAGAAUUUGCUUGCACCCAUAGCCUGGAGAACUGUAGCACUGAAGCCAAGAAGCUCUUUGACGAUUGGAUGGCAUCCAAUGGAACUCAAAGCCUGCCUACUGAUGUCAUGACUACUGUGUUCAAAGCUGGAGCAAAAACUGAGGAAGGCUGGUUAUUCCUCUUAAGCAAGUACAAAUCUGUAGGCUCUGAAGCAGAGAAAAACAAAAUACUUGAAGCUCUUGCCAGCUCAAAGGAUGUAUGGAAACUUCACUGGUUAAUGAAAAGUAGCCUUGAUGGAGAUAUCAUCCGAACACAAAAGUUGUCAUUUAUCAUUAGAACAGUGGGCCGACGUUUUCCUGGACACUUAUUGGCAUGGGAUUUUGUCAAGGAGAACUGGAAUAAGCUUGUACAGAAGUUCCAUCUCGGGUCCUAUACCAUACAAAGUAUUGUUGCUGGAUCUACUCACCUGUUUUCAACGAAGGCACAUUUGUUUGAGGUCCAGGCAUUCUUUGAAAAUCAGUCGGAGGCAACGUUUCAGCUUCGUUGUGUCCAGGAGGCCUUGGAAGUCAUUCAGUUGAAUAUCCAAUGGAUGGAGAAGAAUCUCAAAAAUCUAUCUUGGUGGCUGUAGCAUGCACAACUGCACCUCGUUUUGUCACCCAUUUAGAGAGCUUGUGAAUUUGGGCUCUGUUGCUUCUGCCAAAGCCAAGGUGAAGCCAAGACUGUGGCAGAGUUGUUUGCACUGUUAAAAGUUCUAGUUAGCUCAGGGCCCAACUAUCUUUUCUGAAAUGUCUUUAGGCAGUAUGUAGUUAUUUAUUACAAAAUUAUAUUAAUCUGUAUGCCAACCAUCUACAAAAACAAUAAGCAAUUUUUCUACCUUGAAGAUAUAUGGGGAAAAAAAUCAUUUUUGGAAUUCUAUCCUAUUUCUCAGUGUCCAGGAAGUUAUUGAACCAGUGAAACAAGGAAAGGUCUGCUGUAAGACCCACCAUCUUUGCAUGCUGCUGGUUUGGCAGCCCUUUGUUGCUUCUUGUUUUCAAAUGCUAUUGAAAGGUGGCUCAGAGCUGGCCUUGAAGGGUAUGAUAAUGAAGAUGGUGACACAUGCAGCUGCAGAGAACUGAUUUGUGUGCAGAUCUACUUUUGAUUUCAGGGUUUUGAGUAAUCCUUUAUUUUCUGAAAAAAGUUUAAAUAAUAUCUCUAUUAUAUUUUUUCCUGCACAAUAGCUGGGUGCUACAGAAUUUUUAAAAAAUUUUUGUUGUUAUUGAACAGAUAAAUAACCAGGACAAAAGGUUAAAUUUUCCAAAUAUUUAAUACUUUUUGUUUCAUCUGUAUAGUGUUACCAUAGGAAAAUGUUCCAAACUGAGUUAGAUUUAAUUAUAAUUAUUUUUUUUCAUGAAUGCCAAUAAUCCCCAAAAUCUAUACACUGUCAUCUCUCCUGUCCUAGAUAGGCCUUUUUUUCAGAUAAAUAUUUGUUUUAGAUAAAUAUUUCUGUGUUUGUGACAAACAAUCUGUUGGCACUGGUGUUUUUCAUUGUGACUUGUAUCACUAGUACUAAGAAUGCAAUUUGCUUAAGUUGUCUUUUGACCUCACAGAUCAUAGAUACUUUCUCUCUAAAUCACACCCAUGUGUGGAUUUUCAUUUUAUAUGAUACAGUGGCAUAUUAGAAGCAUAUUUUAAAAUAGGGCCUUUGAGAAAUUAAAAAAUUUUAUUUGAAGUUCACCAUAGUACCUUAAAGAAACAAAGAGAAUGUGGGAUAGGAAUAAAUCAAAUUCAUGCUUAAUAUGGUGGGCUUUGAAUUUUUUCACUAUUAAAAAGAGUACUAUACUUUGGUUGAAAAAAAAUCAUAUUCUUCUUUUAUUAUGGCCAAACUAACAUUAAAUGGAGUGGCCAAGGAAAGACAGAAUGAAAGAAAGAAAUCCAAAAUUGUAUGGCAUUUUACUCCUGAAGGAGAAAUACUGUACUUGAACUUUUUGAGCUAUGCAGACUUUAGUAGAUUGUUAUGUUUCCUUGAUUCUUAGUAGAAAAGUUUUCUUCAUAAUAACUCGAGAACUUUAUAUUUUCUUUGAAAACAGCAUAUAUGUACAUAAAAAGGGGAAUGACUUAUUUGUGAGCACUUAAAACACUCCACACAGUCAGACAUUGGGAAAGGUCACCUUUUUUUAUUCAGCAGAUAUGAAGUUUGGAUAUGUGGGGUUGUGUACAAAGUUAUAUUUUAUUUUAUGAAAAUAUUUUUAUAUAACAAAAUUUAAAAGGCUGGCAAGCUAAAAGAUAGCCUGCUUUAAUCCUAGUGUGUCUUUCUCAGUUUAGUCUUUUCUAAACAUUGAUUUGUUUUUGAAAAUAUUAUGAGAAUCACAGAAUCAAAUGAAGAUGUCUUAUUGAAACUGAGAUGAUUGUAGAUCUUUAUUCCCCUGUGCUUUGGUAAAUGAACGAUAAUUUACUUGAUAUUUAAAGGUAGUAUGUUUUUGUACUUUCAGAGUGAAGGAAAAAAUAUUAAUCUUUUAGGGAAUUUUUUGUUACUGGCAUUUUACCAUCUUAUAUUACUAAGUUCCAAUUUGAUACAGAGUUUAAAGUUUGCUACUUCUUGAAAUCAGUUAAGAUUCUUCAGUUUUAUCACCCCAUCUUCACAUUGCUCCUAAAAUAUAUGUUAACUCUGCAUUCGGCAAAUCUUGUAUUUAAUUGAUAUAAUUUUUUUUCUGUGACUGUAUGUGGGGUACAGGUGGUAGCAUGUUGUUGUAAGUAAAACCUUACCAAAACAUGGGCUGAAAAAGAGGUAACUCAUGAUCCAUUACUCUCCCUAUACCCAAAGAUGUUCAUUGCCAUGAUACUGGAUCCAUACUAUUUGCAAUUUUUAUUUGUAGCCCUCACCUCAGUAUUUUUGUCAUGUUAGUAGGCCUCAUCUCUAUUUUUCCCAUGGAUUUCCAUAAUUUUUAAUGUUAUGCUAACCCAUUUAUAUGGGAAUUAAGUCAGGAAUACAAGGUUAAAUGAGAGGUAUAACUUAUAGUUAUUAAUUAUAUUGGUAGUUUUCUGAUCCUCUCCCCCCAGUUUUAUGUUAUGCAUUGUAUUUCUUGGAAUGCAGAAGCACAGAAGUCGUAAUAUGCCUUCACAUAAGCACACAGCUAUCUGACAUAAUUGAGUACUUGUUGAAAUGAGUAUUCAGUUCAUUGAAGAGAGACGAUCUACUUGAAUAUACUAUAAAAAGGCACAUGCUACUAAAUCAUUAGGAAAAACAGAAUUGGAAAUCUAGAAUUGUAUAAGGAAAACAUGUACCUUGCAGACCUGAAAGGUUCAAAAAAAAAGAAAUUGGAGGAGUUCAGAUUGUUCUGUUGUUAUGAAGGGAUUAGACAUUAUACUGCAAGUACUGGCAGCUUCCAUCUUAAGCUUAUGCCUUCCUCCAUCUGUUUUUUUAAGUUUCUUUAAAUGAAAUUGUAUUUGUCCUUGUUUCAGUGUUCACAAAAUUACUAUAUCAGGCUCUAUUUAACUUUUUUUUUUUGCUAUAUGUUUUAAUUUUAUGGGACUUUAGCCACUGUUACUGUAGGAAUAAAAAUGCUCUCAGAAGAGUCCUGGGUAUAGAGAGCAAAUCAAGCUGCAUCAGUAUUUUUGGGCACCAAUUAGAAUCCUUUCUGAAUAUUGGGAAGUAAGAAGUCAUAUUAAGUGCUAAGUUGUUUAGAAUACUGCUAGCCUGUUACUGAACAGGAUUUUAAUAGUCUAUGCAAACUAAAGCAUUGGAACCAAAAUUUGAACUUAGGCUGCCGAGCAUUUAAAUGACUCCCUUGUGUUUCAUGGGGCCACAGGGAAGGUACAAUGCAUCUCAGAUUUAUCAUCACCAAGGACAGCAGUUCCUGGACUGAGUGGCAAAAUUAGCCCUGGAUUUUGUUACAUAGGCCUAAGAAUUGGGGUCAUAGGUAUGAUGGAGCUUUUCUCACCUUUGCCUUUAUUACUUUUGUUUUUAUUGGAAUUAUCUCUUUAAAAAAAAAAAAGCUUUUUCCCUCCUAACCCCCAUUUGUAUUUUUUAAAACUAAGGUAUAUUUUUUGCUCAGUUCUGCAUUCUUUUAUUUUGUGCUCUGUUCUCUUCAUUGGCUAGUAAGUACCAAGUGAAAAGUGGAGGUCCAAAAAGGGAUGAUGAAUCCCCUCAUCUCCCUUUCCCAUUUGCCUGCAUGGCAAUACCUAGUAGAAUAAUUGAUUUUUUUUACAUGGUUUGGGAAUAUAUAUAUACUUUUAAAAUGUACGUAUGUGUUUUUUUGUUUUUAUAUCUUUCAUCUUAAAUAUUUUGUCUUGAUGAAAAAUGAAAUACUGUCCUGUGAAUCUCUCUCUCCCCUUCCCAUAUUACCUUUGUAACAAUAGCUACAGAGUAAGUAUUUGGUUUCUUUUUCUGAAAGGAAAUGGUAGUGCUGGAAGGAAUGCAGAGUAGCCUCUUUUAAAAGUAUGAACAAAUGAACUAGGUACAGUGGCACACGCUUGCAAUCCCAGCAAUUUAGGAGGCAAAGGCAGGUGGCUUGCAAGUUCAGGUGAUCUUGGGUAACUUAGUGAAACCCUGUCUCAAAAUAAAAAUUAAAAAGAACUGGGAGUCUAGCUCAGUGUUAGAGCACCUCUGGGUUCAAUCUCCAGUAACUCCCCCCCCC